AUGACAAACAAUGGGAUUAAACAGGUUUUGGAGAGAACAAAAAGGAAGCAUUGGAAACAGUUUCAGAAAGAGACAUUUGCAGCUAUAUGGGUACUUGCUGAAGAGGCUAAAAAGAUUGUGUCCACUUUUAGCGAUGUCAUUUCUGUAAACAUUUUAGAUGCUGAGCAGUGCAAAGAAUUGAAAAUGGGAGCCUAUUUAUCUGUUGCUGCAGCAACUACUGAAAAUCCUCCUUACUUCAUCCAUUUAUGUUUUAAAACUCUUACUAACGAACACAAAAGGAAGAUAGCCUUGGUUGGGAAGGGAUUAACUUUUGACAGUGGUGGCUACAACCUCAAGACUGGAGCUGGUUCGAAGAUUGAGCUAAUGAAGUAUGACAUGGGAGGGGCUGCCGUUGUUUUAGGUGCAACAAAAGCUCUUGGUGAAAUUAGGCCUUUUGGAGUAGAGGUGCAUUUCAUUGUUGCAGCUUGUGAAAAUAUGAUCAGUGGAGCAGGCAUGAGGCCUGGAGACAUUGUCACAGCUUCAAAUGAAAUUCAUUUUAUAAAUCUACUAAUAAUGGAGCUGGUUUUCAAUAGCUCGAGAGAAAGAAAGAUUGGUGAAGUUACAUAUUAUCUGGAAGAUCCAAACUGUGUCGACCAACAAUUUGAGAAGCUUGAAUUUGUGGAACUAAGAGAGUUUGAGGGGACAAUAUUUGAACUCAUUUUGUUAAAACAAAUAUUGGCAUACCCCUUCACUUUCAAGGAUGAUUGUUGA